CCUCUACCAUAGAUAAGAUAAGUUAGACGUCAUAAUAAACUUUAAAGGGAAACUUAACAUGAAAUAUUGUUAAUAUGUCGAUUUAUUCACGAAUUACCGUCGAAAUGUGCAAUAUUACGGGAUAUUAGAGGUUAGCGACAUGGGGAGAAAUCCUCAGCCAUGUCCAGGACGAAAGGAAACGACAGGAUGUUAAUUUUUUGUUAAUUUUGGUUAAACACAAAGGCAAAAGUCAGCUUAAUGAGACAAUGGAUAAGAUGGACAAGAUCGUGUACAGCAUUGUCCACAUGCCUAACCAGCCGGACAAUUUCAAGAAGGCUCUCCUGGUGAAGCUAGUGCACUCAACCACACUCAAGACCAGUAAGCCAGUGGAACAAGCAGAUGCAAAUGCCAUAUUUGACUGCUGCAUCAACAUCCUCACAACUACAGAAAGUGAUGGUGCUGCCCAGCUUGCUGUUUUUGCAUUUAGCAGCUGGGCAGGGCAGUACAAAGCUUACCUCAAGGAGUACCUCACCACAGAGAGAUUUACGAGUGUUAUGAGCUCGCGACGCAAUGUCAUACCUCUCCUCUCAUGGCUAAAGGAAGCGCUAUGUCACUUGUCCGAAGAAACACAUGUCAUAACUGCAGCUGCUCCUAUUUUGGAAGGCAUCCUCCAGAACAUGCUGAGAGAAUGUGGGGGAAGUUCUGCAUUUAUAGCCAAACUUUCGGAAGUCUACGUAGUCUGCCCGGCUCUGUUGCCACAACCACACACUCGGCUCACUUUCACUGUCAUGCUUAUGAACUGUGUUGCUUCCUUUCCAACUCCAACAAAGACUGAGGUUCUGGGGCACAUGAAAAGCAUAGGUGGAUUGGUAAAUACACUAUGGAAUGGACUGCGAUUAGAGGACAUCCUUCACUCUCUUCAUGCUAUGUAUGCAAUCAUAUCCAACACAGAUGGAGGCUCAGAAGUUUGCCCUGCCAUGGCACACCUGCUCUCUCUGGUCCCAACUGUGGUUGUGGAAGGCCUGGCUCCAAAAAUAGUGUCCGAUCCAACCACCACCGAUGCUGCCCUUGUAGCAACACUCACUCGCCUCACUGCUUGGCUGGUUGCCUGGCCGACAGCUCACACCACUCUUGGUCUGUGGGUGCGGACACUUGUCAGGCUGCUGUAUAAAAGUGGACGAACAGCUGUUCCUGCAAAAAUUACACUGGAGCGUGUGCCCAAGCUUUUGGCACAUGUCCACAUCCCAGUCGUUCGGUCUGGGGUCAUCGCUGUCAGUUCAACCUUAUUGCUAUCUUUUCAACAUUCUCCAGUAGCUUUCCAUAAGAUUUUACCGCAAAUCAUCGACCUGUUUGGACGCCUAGAGAGGGAGGGGUCGGAAUCAGCCUCAACAACAUUAAAUCGCCUUGCAGUCUUGUGCCACACACUCAUGGUCCUCUUCCCUGGCCAUCCAGAUCAGUACCAGCCUCUUGCUGACGUUCUUGAGAAAUAUCAGCCCCCAUCUGAAGAAGAGAUCCAAGACCUCAUUCAGGAGCAUCGGUGGGGCCACAUAGAGGGGAGAAUUCAGGGAGCCAAGAGUCAGUAUGGAGGACCUGCAACGACGGACGGUCUUCCUGUGUACCAGCAAAGACCCUUAACCCAGAGAGCAGGGCUUCGGAAUCUUGGAAAUACCUGUUACAUGAACUCAGUCAUACAGGCUUUGUUUAUGACUGAUAGCUUCCGGCAUGGGAUCCUGCUUGCUGUACCGAGAAACAAUCAACAACUGCUGGUAAGAUUACAGCAGCUGUUCAGCCUGCUCUGCUUCACCCACCGCAGUUACGUUGCCCCACGGUUAUUUCAUGACAAAUCCCGACCUUCUUGGUUUAGCCCCGGUAUGCAGCAGGACUGCUCAGAAUAUCUCAGGCACUUAAUGAUUACACUGCACGAGGAAGAGCGAGCUGGACAGAAGCUGCCAGAGUACCAGGAGAGAUUCAUAAUUGAGAGUGAAACUGCAAGUGUUGCAUCAGAUCUUCAACCCCUUCCGUAUGAUUCUGCAACAGAAGAUUUUGUAGAAACUGAUUCAGUCACCAAGAGUUUUGUGUGUGCAGAUGAACAGUCAGGAAAUGUGGAUGUGUUAGAUAAGCAGAAGGGAGAACCUAGUGAUAAAUGUUUGUUUGGUGAAUCAAGCAGACUAACAAGUUUUAGCCAAGGAGCAGACACUGAUAAAAGAAAGCCAAGGGACAGUAGCCAGACGAAUCAAAUCCGAGAGCCUGCUGAUGGGAUUUCAAUGGAAGAACACUUUAAAAGGACUCAUGAGGUGUCCAAAAGGCUACAGAAUGUGCAAGAAACAAAUGACAUUGACAUGACAGAUAGCAGUGAAAUGGGAAAAACUGCAGCCGCGGGAAGUAGUGCAAUAUCCGAGAAUGAAACAGAAGUGAAAUAUGGGGAUACUGAAAAUACGUUAGAGGCUAUAGAGAUGGACACUUUCUCAGAGGGUAAUUCAAAAGUAAAUAGCUAUAAACGUAAACAUAAAAUGCCAGCUGAUGGCAUCCACAGGCAGAUGUUAAAAUCCCCUAAAGGAGAUAUGACGUCAGAUAUUGAUAACAGUUCUGAUAGUGGAAUAAGUGGUGAUCUGGCUGAAGAUAUUGAUAUACAUAUUAGUAGUCCCAACCCCAGUAGCCCUGUUUCCAAGGAACAGUUAACCGACAACCAAAGUUUGAUUAUUGAAGAAUUACGGACAGAAAAUUCAAGCAGUGCGGAGAAGGAAAAUGAAUAUUUUGUUAGUUUAGUACAUAGGGUGUUUGGGGGGAAACUAGCAACUUGUAUCAAGUGCCUACAAUGUAAAACUGAAUCUGUACACAAAGAUGUAUUCACUGACAUACAUUUAGCUUUCCAGGACACAGAUCAGUAUAAUGCAACUACUGCCAUUCGAAGAAAUUCAGAAAAGCUAAAACAGAAGAAUCAGGAAAAUCAAACAGAUCUUAGGAUAGAAGAUAUGAUUAAAAGCUACUUAACUCCUGAGAGAUUAACAGGGGAAAACCAGUAUGAAUGUGAUAAAUGCAGUGGAAAGCAAGAUGCUGAAAGGUCCAUCCAAAUCCUUGAACCUCCAGAGCACCUGAUUCUGACGCAGCUUAGGUUUUACUAUGACACAGUCAGAGGUCAGAGGCAAAAGGUUUUCACCAACGUUGAGUUUGGGGAAGAGCUCUUGCUGCCUGUACACAGCUCAGGGCAAGGAAUCUUUGGCGAAAACUGCACCAGUGAUGACGUGGGUGUCCUGGGAAGUCCAAGAGAAACGCCAGCCAACAAUUCUGUUCAGCCUUCAAGAGAUUCCUCACAACUUAGCAGUGGGCACUGUUCCAUGCCAAGUUCCAGUACAUCUAGUUUACACACACAACAGAGACACAGUGCUCACUCGGAAAUUAGUACCAUUACUCUGAGUGAAGAGGACUCACAAACUUAUAAUUCAUCUUUUGAAAGGGGUAAUGCACUAGAUAGUAAGAGUGCUUUUAAUAGAAAUUACAGAGAUGCUUUUUGCAAUCCAGAUGUCUGUGAUGAUGUGCAUCAUCUGAACUGCAGCUGUAAUGUGAGAAAAUCUGAAUGUAGUGAUGUAUGCAAAGCUUUACAGCAUAAUUGUGACUGUUCCACAAAUUCAGAAUCUGUAGCCAGUUGUAGUUAUACUGAUAACAGUUCUAGACUAGAUAUUUGUCAACAAGCAGUAUCUCAAUGUCCAUAUGGCAGCAAUUUACCAAUAAAAGAAAACUCUGAAUCUCAGGAAAUUUUGCAAGGAAGUUGUAGCAACUCCAUGAAGUCAGAUAUACAAAAAGAUUCCUCUCCAGAAUAUUGUAUGAGUUCUGGAUCCUCAGGCUGUAUGACUCCCAAUGAAGUUUGUGAAGAACAGGAGCCAACUACUUAUGCAAGAUACGCUCUUUAUGGAGUUGUUGUGCAUUCAGGUUUCUCGUCUGAAGGGGGACACUACUACUGCUAUGCCAGGAAUUCCUCAGCUACGUGUCUCCCAGAAACUGCAAGAGAAAGAUAUGGAGCACUUGGUGGCUGGUACAACUUCAAUGACGAGCGCGUGACAGUUACUAGCUUCUCUUCCAUAACCAACCUUACACGAACUUUCAGCAGAGAUACUGCCUACCAACUCUUUUAUAAGAAGCUCAGCAACCAUCUGCCCUCGGAAGAACCACUGGUUGAAGAUCUGAAGUCCCUGCGGGUGGAUCUGCAGGAGGUGGUGGAGAAUGACAACCUCCAGUACCGCAUCGAGCAAGACCAGGAGGCGCAGCGGAGAAGGUGUCACUUCUCUAGCGGAUCUCAGUUCUCACGUGACUCCGACCAUGACAGCACACCUCCUCCGGGAGGGUGCGGGGGUGGACCUGGGGGAGGGGGUUUCAACACUCCUUCGCGCGUUGUAUUCUAAGCAGGGCAGGGGGUGGUUCCUGUUAUGCUGUAAGGAAGGGUUUUGGGAGGGACCUUACUUUGUGCGACCCUGUUUGUUAUAACACAGGUAUCAGUUGAUAAGCAAGCCUGGUAUCUGGGUGCUUGUGACGAGAUUUCAGUUGAAGCUCAUAUAUUUUGUGCAGCUAAAUUAUAUGUAGAGGUAUACUACAGUUUGUUUCACUCUCUUGCGAGUAGAGGUGCGAAUGCAUAAAAAAGGUGAUAGAGCCAUAUACUGACCUUUUGUUUGAGGGGUAGAGAAAUGUUUUGCUUUAGAUAGAUCAUUAUGAAAGAUAUUUUAAUUAGGAAUGUUUUGAUACACAGACCCAUACACAGCCAUAAUUGCACGCACUUACACAAACAGACAUAUGAGAACAAAGACCGACAUGUGAACACAGACAGACAUACAUGUACAGGGAAAUACAGACACACAUAUACAAAUGCAGAAUCACAUAUACACAGAUACAGAUGCAUGAACACACACGAUGCACAUGCACGCAUUUACAAUUAUAUGUACAGACUUUCAUAUAUACCAUCAAUCAAACUGCGCACAUAUAUUUAUAUGUAUAUUGACACUUGUAAACAUGAUACUUUUUUGGUUUUAGGAAAAAAGCAUUGUUAAUAUAUAAUGGUUUGAUGAAAAUAAAAGCAUUGUGUACACC